AAUGUAACCUUUUUCCAGAUUUGUAACAUAUCAUACGAAUUGUAAUUUGUAAUAUCACAGGAACUGGAUGAUGGACAUCCACAGAUGAAUACUUACCAUAUGAAACAUCAUACUAAAAGGAGUGUUUUGGAUUUACGUACAGAAUCAUAGGAAAUGCUCUGAGACCAGGUUGAGCCUGUGGAACCCUGAAGUUUGGUCCAGUGCCGUGUAGAUUACCAGGAGGCAUCAAGACGUGCAUCCUCUGACCAGUAGCCAGGGUUUUCACCAGCAGCGACAGAAUGGCCAAGAGCAAGUUUCAGUACCUCCGGAACUUCGAGACAGACGACACCUGUCUGAAAACUGUUACAUCGUGGUGCGGUUGGAUGGAAGGAACCUUCACAAAGGAGCAGAGAUGGAGCCCUCAGGAGAACAACCACAGGAUAGAACACCUAGAGAGCUAUGAGAUUACAUACCCACACUGGCUGCAGCCUGCAAGACACAGGAGGUCCGUCCAUGGAGAGAAGCACCCGUCUGAGGCAGAGGUCCUCAUCACAGCUGAGGGAGAGGAGAUGACCCUCCGUCUGCACAAGAAUGAGCAGUUAUUGGCCCCCGGAUAUCAGGAGAUAUGGUACAGUCCCAGCGGUUCCCGCCAGACCUCCUAUCCACCCAGCACUGGCCACUGUUUCUACCAUGGUGAUGUCCGGGGUGUGGAGGGGUCCAGUGUAGCACUCAGCACCUGCUCAGGUCUCAGGGGACUGGUUACGGUGAACACCAGUGUCAGCUACCUGAUAGAACCCCUGCCCUCUAUCACCAUGGAUACACAGCCUCCUCACGCCGUGUUCCGAGCCGAGAACCUCCGUUUGCCCAACGGAACCUGCGGGCAACGCCAUAGCAACCAAGGCCAGGGGGAGGGGCUGGGUGACCUCAUCCAGGGAAUGAUGUCACCGUGGGGCAGAAGGGAGCGGAGAGACGUGGGUCAGAGUAUGAAGUAUGUAGAGCUGCUGCUGGUAGCUGACCAUGCUGAGUUUCAGAAGCACGGCGGGGACUUAAAAAGGACGAAAAGGAAACUGCUGGAGGCGGCUAACUACGUAGACAAGUACUACAAGUCUCUAAGUAUUCGUGUGGCAGUGAUCGGUCUGGAGGUGUGGUCUGAUCAGGACAGGAUCAGUGUGUCUGGUAACCCCUACAGUACCCUGGGAGUGUUCCUGGCUUGGAGACGCAAACAGCUACACACACUACCUAACGACAACGCUCAACUCAUCACGGGCGUGGCGUUUCAGGGCACCACCAUUGGGCUGGCCCCUCUCAGAGCCAUGUGCUCAGAGUACCAGUCAGGGGGAGUCAACUCAGACCACUCUGACAGUGCUGUGGGCGUGGCAGCGACCAUGGCCCACGAGAUGGGGCAUAACUUUGGCAUGAGCCACGACAGCCCUGGGUGCUGCCAGGCCAAGGCUGAUGAUGGAGGCUGCAUCAUGGCUGCUGCCACUGGCUACCCAUUCCCACGUGUGUUUAAUGGCUGUAACCACCGGGAGCUGAGCAGGUAUCUGAGCUCUGGAGGGGGGAAGUGUCUGUUCAACCUCCCCAACACCAGAGCCAUGCACGGGGGGCAGCGCUGUGGGAACGGGUACCUGGAGGAUGGAGAGGAGUGUGACUGUGGAGAUGAGGAGGAGUGUUCCAGUCCCUGCUGUAAUGCCAACAACUGUACUCUGACGGCUGGAGCAGAGUGUUCCCACGGAGUCUGCUGUCACAACUGUAAGUUGAAGAGUCCAGGUGUGUUGUGUCGUACUCCAUCCGGGUCAUGUGACCUUCCUGAGUACUGUGAUGGGAAGGUGGAGUCUUGUCCUUCUAACUUAUACCUGGUGGAUGGUACUUCCUGUGCAGGGGGGCAGGCCUACUGCUACACCGGCAUGUGUCUCACCCUGGAGCAGCAGUGUCAAUCACUCUGGGGGUGGGAUGGCCGUGCUGCUCCAGACCUGUGCUUUCAGAAGGUGAACGAGGCAGGAGACUCCUUUGGGAACUGUGGCAAAGACCUGCUGGGUAAAUACAGAGGAUGCAGAGACAGGGAUGCUAGAUGUGGUAAGAUCCAGUGUGUGAGUUCAGCCUCCAAGCCCCUGGAGACUAACGCUGUUCCCAUCGACACCACGGUCCGGGUGGGUAAUGGGAAGGUCCUCUGUAGGGGGACACACGUUUACCGACCAGGCCAGGGGGACGAGGAACAGGGGGACACACUGGACCCGGGACUGGUCAUGACUGGGACCAAGUGUGGAGAGGACUCGAUCUGUUUCGGAGGAGAGUGCCGCAACGCGUCUUUCCUGAGAGCGGAUGAGUGCAAUGCCAAGUGCCACGGCCAUGGGCUGUGUAACAACAAUCACCACUGCCACUGUGACUUAGGCUGGGCCCCUCCCCUGUGUGACCAGGAGGGGACAGGAGGGAGUGUCGACAGUGGCCCUGUCAUUAACCACAGCAGUAUACGUCCUGUCCUGUUGCUCCUCCCCUUGGUUCUCUUUGUCCUAUUGGCUGCUGUGGGACUGUGGUGCUGCUACAGCCAUAAACUACAUAAAAGCGUUCCUCUGAAGACCUCGGUCCCACCACCCAAGACAAUUUGUCCGGUCAGAUGUUCAGUCUCUGCUGAAGUCAAACAUCUACAAGCCAACAGUCUUGCCAAUGGUCACCUUGCCAACAGUCUUGCCAAUAGCCAUGGAAACCCUACCUUCCUACUGACAAGACAUGGCUCAGACAGGCUGAGUCCGUCCACACCUUGUCCCAGCCUCUCCACCAGGCACCCUGUCUUCUGUCCCACAGUUCAACCCCCUCCUUACAUAGCCCAGCAGAGACGGGCUCUAUCCCAGCCCCAUCCCCAACCCUCCCUCCAGCCCUCCCUCCAGCCCCAUCCCCAACCCUCCCUCCAGCCCCAUCCCCAACCGUCCCUCCAGCCC